GCAUAUAAUGUAUACUAUAAUGAAGCUUCAGGUAGCUAAGAAAAAUCAAAGUAGCGGAAUAAAACGACCUGCCAGUCUAGGUCUCCAUUGAUGUAAUCAUAGACUUCGGCUUGAACACAUUGUCGAAUAGCUAUGAACGAUCUUAGUCCUGAGAAACUUGAAGCUCUGCUCAAUGGGCCGGCACUCGCCCCUCCCGCCGGCGUCAUUCCACAGUUCGACAACCCGCCCAGUCAUAGAACCGCGUCAAUAGCUAUACCCACUGCCUGUCUAAUAGUGUCUACGACUUUGGUAGCUAUGCGUCUGUACACGAGUAUUAGGAUCAUUCGCCAGGUGGAUAUUGCGGAUUAUUCUGUCUUUCUUGGCUGGGCUAUCUUCAUCGGGGAAAUCGUGUGUGCAUUUCUCGCUGUGAAACAUGCACCUGGUGUACACCAGUGGAACGUCCGACUCGGAGAUUUAGGACCAUUUCUUUAUUAUUUCCAUGUUGCAUCUGUGUUAUACGGUAUAUGUAUGUUUUUCGUCAAAUUUUCGAUAUUGAUACAAUACAUAAAAAUAUUUAUGCCUAUCAAAAAGCCAAGGGCAUUGUAUUGGACCACGAUAUUCAUAAUUGCGGUCAACUUCAUCCAUUAUUUCAUCGGCAGAUUCAUAGAAAUCUUUUCUUGCUACCCAAUUGCUAAAGCAUGGGAUCCGUUAAUUACAGAGGGCAGUUGUAUUGAUAUAAAGGCUCUUAUUAGCGCGUCAGCCAGCAUAAGCGCGGCAUCAGAUAUAAUUAUUUUGAUCCUGCCACAGGUCGUAAUUUGGCGGUUGAACUUAUCCCGGAAAGAGAAGGCUGGAAUUUCGAUCAUUUUCUUGAUAGCUAUUUUUGCAUGUGUAUCUUCAACCAUCUGCAUAUUUUACUCUGUUGUACUCCAACGUCAAUCCGAUGAUACCUACUAUACAUGGUUUACGGGCCUUUGGACCUUGCUUGAGAUGGCAGCUGGCUUUGCUGUAGCAUGCCUACCAGUGGCAAAAGCCUUUGUCAAGAACCUAUCUAAAGCCGGGGGUUUCUCCAGCAUUGCAUCAUCUACCAGGAAGGUUACAAGUCAGUCAAUUUUACCAAGUUACAGGAGAAACUCAAGAUACGAGCUGGAGAGUCAAUCAAGUGCCCCAGCAACUAAUCUGAACCAUGGCAAGCCAUUGUUUAAGGUACAUGGGGUAACCGACUUAACGAGCUUGCGCGACUCGAAUUCGGUUCGCAAUCAUCGAAUGAACAAUCCAGAGGUGCCUAUUGAACAGGUGUUUGGCGGAAGUCCUCUAAGCGCUAAAUCCCCACUGGAUUCUCUAUAGCCUUAUUACAUGGUUAAUUCCUUGGACAUCUAUUAGACGGCUUGGGCUAGGUAUUUCGGCUUUUCAAUAAACAUCUCAAGAGUAUACAGAAUACCAUAGUAUUCGAAGCUAUGGUCUACGGGGGCAAGAAUGUUUUUAUGUACCUAAUUACCGGAGUUUCGGAGGGUAAUCUGUGUGCGGUAAUAGGUAAGCUCGAGGAACCAAAUUACCCGGUUAUUGAAACAAUGACGACCUUUUGGUUAUUCGUACCUGAGAAUAAGAGACCAUUGUUACGAAAUGGGCUUAGGAUGCAUGGAAGCAACUCUUUGUUCAGCAAAGAACUUCACCCUAAGUUGCGAAACCUGUGGCUAGGUAUCUAAUACAUACCUACUAAAGGCUUCAUGUAUUCUAAACGCUUCCUCUAGAAUCCUAACAGCUAUCUUAGAUGAUAAUUUAAUUCGGAUCAUACCAUUGCCUCC